AUGGCUGCGCCCCCCAUGGAGAAGGACGUAUCUGACCAACUGCUGCGCCAGCGCAAAGUGCGUCGCAAGGUUGGCGAGGUACCAUAUCCACUGCGGUACACAAUGGAGAUGCUCAAUUUCGACAUUUGGGAUCAUAUGUUCCUCACUAGUUGUUGCAGGAAACUCACGAUGCAUCAAUUCGAUGUCCCCCCUCCGAUGGUACUUGACUUGGGAUGUGGAGGUGGCUAUUGGGCGAUGGAGGCCGCCCGACAAUGGCUAGGCAGUACGAUCAUCGGGUUUGACUACUAUAGAGUUCAGCCGAACCUUUCUGUGCUGCCGUCGCAUAGAGACCUAGCCCGUCGGGUCCAAUGGGUCCAUGGAAAUUUGCUGGAUAGUCUUCCAUUUCCCCCUUCACAUUUCGACUUCGUGCGAGUUGCCGGCAUUGGUCUGGGUGUUCCCGAAGAUGAGUGGCAGUUUGUCUUGGAGGACAUCGCGCGCGUCAUGAAGCCAGGCGGCGUUCUUGAGAUAAUCGAGGAAGAUCUGAUUUUCCCUUGCGCUCGACCGCCAAAGCCACGCCUUUCGCCCAUCUCCUUCGACGUUUUCCCCGGGAAUCCCAUCACGCCAAAUCCUUACUCAGCGCGAAGCUCGACUACACUCCUUUCUGACCCCUGGUCCGUUAAUGUCGAUGACCAGCCCCAUGCUGAUGGAUCUAUCAGGAAGCAGGCUAGCCUCUCCACGCUGCAUGAAUCGCCCAUUUCGACGUCCCCUCGCUCUCCUUUCAGCCCCAACCCUUCGUUUAGUUUCCCCCUACCCGAUGAACCCGCACCACUCGAAAGCGAUCCCCAUCCCCAGGAUCACACGCGGCUAAAGGCGGCAUGGGAAGCCAUGCUCUCGCGCCGAUUUCUGUCGUCACAACUCAUUACAGUCCUUCCAUUCUAUCUCUCCUCCUACUUCGUGGAUGUGCAGACCCACCCCUCGUUAUCGAUCCCACUCCCACCCAACUCACACUCGACUUUACGGAAGAAUUCCCUUGGUCGUACAUCUACUCAUGAUUCUAUCACCAUAGGCGACCGCUUCGACCCGGACAGCGCCUUUGAGCUGUCGCCCUCGUCUAAACGUCGGUCCAGCGAAGGAGACCACACAACCAAUUCCACGGCUAAAAAGUCAUCGCAGCGCACUGUGCCGUCGUGGGCGCCUAUGCAUCUAGCUCGAACGGUGAACACUAUCGUGGGCUGCAAAGAAGCCAUUUGGGAAGAGUACGACCAACUGUACCGUGAUAAACCCUCUUCCACACCGAUACUCAAAACGUUUCGUCCGAAGAAGUCGCUCACUAGUCCCAAUGGGACUCUCAAUCCCAUACACUUGGAGACUGCCAACCCUUCCGCUCGAGAAGAAUUCGAUAUAGCCUGGGCCAACUGGGAAAAUGAUAUGAAGGAUCGGACUGGGAUGAGAGGGCGAAUCAUCUCCGAGUGUGCGUGGCCGGAGCCCGAAGGCGACCGUCCGGACUGGAGAGUUUGGCGCGAUAACCUGGAAACGAAACUCUCUCCGCGCGUUCCUUCCGUAAAGAGCUCGCUGAAUGAAAUACCGGAGCUUUGCAGGUCAAUGCGAGGGUUCGUCGCGUGGAAGCCGACAUCAUAA